UGCUGGUUUGACUGGGUGACAUAACAAUGCAAGUGCCUGACUGCACCUUGACUUCCACAGACCGAAGAUCCCUGAGCAACUCUGGAACUUCACUCCAGCUUUGUUCACUACACCCAUCUCUCUGGUAAAUCCUCUUCGUAAAAGUAGCUUCUUUUCCCCGGAACCACUGCAAAGCUCAAGGAGAGCAUCCUCCUUAUCACCAUCAUCAUGAAGCACAGGACGGUGAUGAUGUACAUGGAGAUAGGCUGCUUUGUGUCGUGUCUGGCUGGCUGGAUUCUGGUGAGCUCCACCCUGGCUAUAGAGUACUGGACCUGGUCUGAAGUGGGCAGCGUGGUGCUCACCACCGGCAACUACUUCUCUAACCUCUGGAAGGACUGUGUCUCAGACUCCACGGGCGUGUCCGACUGCAAAGAGUACCCCUCCAUGCUGGGACUACCAGCGUUCCUUCACUCAGUAAGGGCUCUGUCCAUCUGUUCUGUCAUCCUCGGGUUCUUCGCUGGAGUCCUCACACUGAUAGGGAUGAAGUGCACCAAGAUUGGAGGGUCAGAGCUCGCCAACGCACGGGUCACCUUCGCCGGGGGAAUCACCUAUCUGGCGUCUGGAUUUGCUGGCCUGAUCGUGUACUCCUGGUGGGGUAACAAAGUAAGAUCAGAGUUUGUGGAUCCCAAUUUCAAGGCACAGAAAUUUGAAAUCGGAGCAGCGGUUUUUAUUGGCUGGGGAGGCUCGAUCUUGCUCAUCACCGGUGGUUUCGUACUCAGCUUCUUCUCUGGAAAGGAGGGCCUACGCUCAACAUCAAAGAAAAGGCCCCGCAGACCUAACUCCUAUGCCACAGCUCGGACCAGACGCACAUACAUGAUGCCAAACUCUUCCAGUGUGACUCCAAUGCCACAAUUGGUCCAAGGGAGCAGAGGUGGCAGAAAGAUCAGGACAACAAGGACCACUGGGACGUUUAGCAGGGACGAUUUUGUUUGAGCUGCAGUAGCUCCUGUACCGCAGGAAAUACACUGCUUCAUAUCAUUGGUCGUUAGUUACCAUGAAAACAUUGUGAGAACUGAAUCAAUUUGAUUUGGUAACUGUCUCGCCACCUACACCUUGUAGAUAGAUACCUUAUGUAUGAAUGUUUUACUAACAUAUAACUGUGUUCCUUUUGUGAACUGAAUUGACAUCAAGGAAAGGGAUGAAUGUUUUCAUUUGAUAAAAAAAUAAAUAAUGUUUAUUGCUAGCAUGUAUAAAUAUUUUAGAUACAAAAACACAUUUUCUUUUCUUUCAUAGGACACACAAAUGUCUUACAAAUGCCAUGUAAAUWGUUUUGACACAAAUCAUACAAGUACCUCACAUGGAGUGCAAUAUCACAUUUCAUAAAACCUCUAAGUUGACAAUUCACUAUARCUAAUUUAUAAUCUGUAUAUGAAAUAAAAACACUGAAAAUCGCCACAAGG